GGGACGCCAGUGGGUGCCGGGCCCCUCAGGCUGCUUAGGAGAAACCAUGGACUCCCAGGUCGAUCCUCGGUGGCCUCCAGGCCUGGCAGUCAUGAAGACAAUAGAUGACUUGCUGCGAUGUGGAAUUUGCUUUGAAUAUUUCAACAUUGCAAUGAUGAUUCCUCAGUGCUCACAUAACUACUGUUCUCUCUGUAUAAGAAAAUUUCUCUCCUAUAAAACACAGUGUCCAACUUGUUGUGUGACAGUCACAGAGCCGGAUCUAAAAAAUAACCGCAUAUUAGACGAACUGGUAAAAAGCUUGAAUUUUGCACGGAAUCAUCUGCUGCAAUUUGCCUUAGAGUCACCACCUAUAUCUCCUGCUUCCUCCUCUUCAAAGAACCUUGCUGCCAAAGUACACACUCCUGUAGCCUCUAGGCAUUCUUUAAAGCAAGGAAGCAAAUUAAUGGAGAAUUUCUUGAUCAGAGAAACCGGUGGUUCCACAUCAGAGUUGUCGAUAAAAGAGAAUGAAAGUAAAUUCAUCCCUCAAAAAGAGGUGAGCACUUCUUCACAGACCAAAGAGACACCUUCCGUAGAGAAGACAGCUCCACGUUCCUUAGAUGCUCAUGUUCCUGAGACACCCUCUACGUCAACCGUGAAACAGGCUGCCAAAGUGGAUUGUCCUGUUUGUGGGGUUAAUAUUCCAGAAAAUCACAUUAAUAAGCACUUAGACAGCUGUUUAACACGUGAGGAGAAGAAGGAAAGUCUCAGAAGUUCUGUUCACAAAAGGAAGCCUCUGCCCAAAACUGUAUAUAACUUGCUCUCAGAUCGUGAUUUAAAGAAAAAGCUGAAACAGCAUGGAUUAUCUAUUCAAGGAAAUAAACAACAGCUCAUUAAAAGGCACCAAGAAUUUGUUCACAUGUACAAUGCCCAGUGCGAUGCUUUGCACCCUAAAUCAGCUGCUGAAAUAGUUCAAGAAAUUGAAAACAUGGAGAAGACUAGGAUGCGUCUCGAAGCUAGUAAACUCAAUGAAAGUAUAAUGGUUUUUACAAAGGACCAAACAGAAAAGGAAAUAGAUGAAAUUCACAGUAAAUAUCGUGAAAAACAUCAGAAUGAAUUUCGGCUUCUGGUGGAUCAGGCCAAAAAAGGAUACAAGAAAACUGUUGAAACAUCAGCCAAAAAAGUCAUGAGAAAAGAAGAUGAAUCUACAGAAAAGCUAUCACCUGUAUGCACGGAAAGGGAAGAUAAAAAAUUGAAAUUCUCAGAUACUCUCCCCAUAGCAAACCACUUCCCUCAAUCAAAGCUGGAAUCCCCAGGGAGAGUGGAGCCUGAGAGACCAGAUGAUUCUUCCAGUUGUACUGAUAUUCAAGAGGAAGCCCUUUAUUCGUCAGACUCAGACUCAUUCAACAGUUCUAGUUCAGACAUCAUAAGAGAUCUUCUGGAAGAAGAGGAAGCCUGGGAAGCAUUACAUAAAAAUGAUCUUCAGGACGCAGAAAUGAGUCCAAGGCACAAUCGUCGUACAAGAUCAGAUGAGAGUGCUGAGACUGAGCCGAGAAAUAAGCGGAAUAGGAAUUAGUGUGGCCUUGCUGACUUUCCCAGGGUGGUGGGUGGCGUGUGCUGCUCUGGGUUGCCACGGAGGCUUCACGUCCAUAAAUGCCCAAGUGAAGGUGUUAAUUUCUCCGUAUGAUGGGUAGCUGAUUUUCAUUCUUUUUUGUCAUUCCUGGGAAAAAUAAGAUACAGAACAUCCUCACUUGGUCAGUUACCUCCCGUGUCUAAAACAUCUCUGAGUAUACAUCCACACGUCCACCAGCUUUGCAGGGUGCACAGACGUUUUGGCAAAGGAGUUUUGUGUGGUUUUGUUUCUAAAUUUCAGGAUGUCCUUAAGGCAUUCUCUUCUUCCAUGGAGAAACUAACUUGAGAAAAUUAUUUUUUUCCACCUCUUUGCCACAAGGGACAGCUGAGGGGUUAAGAGCCUCUGUAUUUCUGGGCAGUCAGGGUGUCAUCAGUCACCUCCUUGGUGUGUGUCAGCUCCUAAUGUCCGGACGCCAGCAUGCCUGUCACAGCAGCUACGUGAUGGUUGUUGCCCGAGUUUAAUGUAGUCCUUUGUUACUGGGAGUAGGGUGUUGGGUGCUGUAACUUAAAGUCACAAACAGUAACUUUGAAACAUCAAGCAUAUGCUUCGGAAAUGGCACUUCAAAAUGAUGUUAGUCUUUUUUUUUUUCCCCUUGGGUAAUUCAAAAUUUUAACACUCCAAAUCCCAGCUAUUAAAAAGAAUGCAAUGAAUGGA